AUGGUGGAGACUUUCAAGUCUCGUGUGUUUUUCUUAACCAUUUAUAUUAAAGAAGCUCAUGCAUGUGAUGAGUGGAAAUUGGGAGACAAAAUUUGCAUUCAGCAACACAAAACAAUUGAAGAAAGAUUGGAUGCUACGAAGCAAAUGAUGCAAAGUUUGGAUUUCCAUAUUCCUACUGCUGUGGAUGGUAUUGAGGAUGGAUUUGAAAAGAUGUUUUCUGUUUGGCCUGAGCGUUAUAUUUUACUUGAAAACAAUAAUGCUAAAUUAGUGCAUGUUAGUCAACCGGAAGCAUAUGGACAUAAUCCUCAAACCUUCAAUCUAGUACUGGCAGGUUAUGAGAAGUCCAAAAUUACCAAAUAA